AUGUUUGUUUUUCAGUAUCUUUACUUUCCAUUUUUAUUUCUAUCAGCUGUUUUUGCAUCAACUUAUGAGAAGAUACUCAACAGUAACGAAGAUUAUUUGCCGGAACAACCAUUAAACACAGAGGAACCCAAAAAUAGUAAUAUUCUCCCGCUAGAUCUACGUUCUUUGGCAGAUUGGGAACUUACUGAUCUAUUACUUGUGAGUGAUAUCGAUGGAAACUUACAUGGGGUAGAAAGAAACACAGGGUCAUUCUUAUGGUCUCUUCCGAUCGAUGAACCGUUAGUCAAAAUCCUGAGGGACUUUUGCGCUCCGAAGAGCUCCUCGUCUGAGUCAAACUUGCUCUGGUUUGUGGAGCCGUAUCAAGAUGGGUCUCUAUAUUAUUUUGCCCCACAGUACGGGUUGAAUAAACUCCCAACUUCCAUCAAGAAUCUUGUCAUGGAGUCGCCGUUUUCACUUAGCGGGGACAAUAAAAUCUAUACAGGUGCAAGAAAGACUUCGCUUUAUACCAUCAAUAUCAACACUGGUGAAAUACUCAGUCAAUUUGGAUCCCUGGAGGACGAAAAAUGUCCAAUACCGAAUGUCUAUCGCACUCCGAACAUCCGUUCGAACUCUGAUGAAAAUACCAUCCUAAUUGGUAAAACAACAUUUGAACUUUCAAUUCACUCAAAAAUCGAUUCAAACGUCGUAUGGAAUGUGACAUACUCGCUCUGGGGUCCAAAUAACAUUGAUAACGACUUGAUCAUGCAGAACGUUCAGUCAUCAGAUAAUCUUUAUUUCACUCCCUUUCACGACAAGUCUUUGUUGGCUAUUAACAAGAACUUAGGAACACCAGCAUGGAUAAGCAAGCUUCCAUCUUUAGCUGUUAACGUCUUCGAUGUUUUCAACAGAAAUUCAAAUUACGUUGUACUUCCUCAUCCAUUGAAGGUUUUGAACGAUCUUCAGAUAGAUACAAAAAAUGAAGCUAACAAUGAUUUGUGUUUCGUGAACAAAACUGCCAACGGGAAGGAGUGGUUUGCCAUGAGCUUCUUGAAUUACCCAACUUUACUUAAAUCUGCGCCAGUUUCCAGAUAUCAAAUGAGUCUUUACAAGCAUGAAAAUGGCCUUUUAAGUGACCAAGAGAUCAGUUUUAUAUCGAACUUUAGCGUGUCCGAUGCUGAAAAUGAGAAUCUAUUAAAUGGUGUCCACAGAAUCAACCAUCUUUACCCGGAAAAUCUCUAUCAACCAGUCUCAAAGUUUACACGAAGGCCGAUAAACCUUAUUGGAGAUGGCUCAGAAUCUUCAAACAAAGAACAUUCAAAACUGAACGUUCACGAGCUGCAACAAAUCCCAACCAUCAUGGAUGGUAUACUAUUUCCUGAAGCAAAACCACAAUAUCGACAGGAUUUGGCAACAAUUGAUCACCAAGAUGACCACAUGCAAGUUCACGAUGGAGAUUAUAGUACUACUUUGCCUCCUGCAAGAUACAAUCAAAACAGACAUAUUCCAAAUGAUAGGCAAUCCAAGGAAACUAUAUCGGUUUUUCGUCGCAUUGCUGAAGAUAUAUUUGUCAUGUCAGCAUUGAUGUUAUUUUUCAUGGCUUGCGUGAAGGUUAAUCAAAUUCUUAGGGAUAGGAGAGAGCUCAGAGAUGUUGAUACGUAUGAAGAAGUAUCCGAGAAGAUCCAUACCCUUGAUACGUCUGAACCAUCCAGUGAUACCUUUGUUGAAGAAUCCGCAGCAGAAUCUAAGACUGCUUUGGAAGAAACUGAAUCUCAAAAUAGCGGUAACAGUCUAGUCAAAAGAGUGAGUAUUAUCGCACCUGGUGACUCUUCGACCGAAAAUCCUGAUUCGGAAGGAAAUAAGGAAGGCGAGGAGGAUACCGAGAAGGAAGGUGAUAAUACGUUAACAAAAAAGAAGAGAAAAAGAGGAAGCCGCGGAGGCAAACGUGGGGGCAAAGGCAAGAAGAAUGCCGGUAAAGAAGGAGAGGAGACGCGGGACGAAAUUAAUGACGAACAUAAGGAGGAUGUUGUGCGAGAGGAGAGUGAUAAUGAGCAGAAUUUUAUCUCCACCAAAUCUCUUGUGAGAGAUAUCAUUAAACCAUCCAAUCAGUUGAAGAAGCUUCAGAUUGAUAGUAACUUGGUAAUAUCUGACAAGAUUUUGGGUUACGGUUCACAUGGUACGGUAGUUUAUGAAGGGUCGUUUGAGAACAGACCUGUUGCAGUAAAAAGAAUGCUACUUGACUUUUAUGAAAUCGCAAAUCAUGAAGUGAGACUCCUCCAAGAGAGUGACGACCAUCCUAAUGUGAUUCGCUACUUUUGCUCCCAAUCAAGUGAAAGUGAGAAAUUUUUGUACAUCGCAUUGGAGUUAUGUUCGUGUUCUCUUGAUGAGAUUAUCGAAAAACGUCACGAUUAUUCUAAAUCUUUAUGGCUAAAACCAUCUGCAUACUGUGAUGCACUUUAUCAACUUGCCAGUGGCCUCCACUACUUACACUCAUUGAAAAUUGUUCAUCGAGACUUGAAGCCUCAAAAUAUUUUGGUAGGAGAUCUGGGGAAAACAAAGUCAGAUGCGUGCAAUUCGAUUAGACUUUUAAUCUCAGAUUUUGGACUAUGCAAAAAACUUGAUGGUGACCAGUCUUCAUUCAGAGCUACAACACAAAACGCUGCUUCGGGUACUUCGGGCUGGAGAGCACCUGAAUUACUUUUGAGCCAUGAUUUGUUGGAAAUCUCCCCAGAUACAGUUUCGUCGAUUAACUCAAGCUCCCGCCACUCUUUGAGAGAGGGGUCUAAUACCAGUGGAGCAGUCAAGAGAUUGACUAAAGCGAUUGAUAUUUUCUCGCUUGGAUGCGUGUUUUAUUAUAUAUUGUCCGGCGGAGGACACCCCUACGGCGAUAGAUACAUGAGAGAGGGAAAUAUCAUCCGAGGGGAGUUCGAUUUAUCUGGGUUGAAAGACUAUUGCCCUGAUGAUUUCGUCGAGGCUACUGAUUUGAUCAGCUCGAUGAUUAGUUCCAAUCCAAAAUCUCGCCCUGAUACGGGGACAAUUCUCAAGCACCCAUACUUUUGGAGCUAUAACAAGAAGUUAGAGUUCCUCUUGAAGGUGAGCGAUAGAUUCGAAAUCGAGCGUCGGGACCCGCCAAGUGACUUACUUGUUACGCUUGAGCAAGCGGGACCAAAGGUUCAUCUAGGAGAUUGGCUCAACAAAUUCGAUAAAACCUUCAUUGACAACUUGGGUAAGUAUAGAAAGUACCAAGGUGACAAACUAAUGGAUUUGUUGCGAGCUUUGAGAAACAAGUAUCACCACUACAACGACAUGCCUCUGGUUCUCCAGCUGCAAAUGAGUCCCUUACCCCACGGCUUUUACAAGUAUUUCAACACGAAGUUCCCCAAUCUACUUAUGGAAACUUACUAUGUUGUGAAGUCAAACCUUCACGACGAGCAUAUCUUUCAAGAGUUUUUCUAG